UUUUACCGUUGGCAUCUCUCUGCCUUCCCCGUCUCAAAGAGAAAGAACAAGAUUAUGUUUUAGUAAGAAUUGGUCUCAGUGCAAAAGUAUUGAUUUGCGCCUAUGGCUUAUUACCGAACGCCUGCUGCGAUUCAAAACGAGAACUUUCGCAUCCCUAUAGGAAAAGAUGUUGAUCUUACGAAGGCUGCUCCGCCAAAGCCUGCAAAGGCCGGUCGUCAAGAUCGAAAGGCCUUGAAGGAUCUUUCCAAUACAGGAAAACCUCCGGUUUCUGGCCCAUCAAAAGCCUCGGCUCUGAAGGAUAAGUCUGCACUACGUGCUCGGGAGACCAUCAAAACUGCCCCCAAAAGAACCAUCCUCACUGAUGAAGAAAUGAAGAGAUGCCAUGAGUGGGCAAGGGAGGGAAUCGAGCAGACACACUUCACAGGAAAUGAACUACAAAAGCUACAGAAAGAUAUCGAUGAAGAACGUGUAAACAAGAAGAUUCGGAUGGUGAUGUCCGACUUACAUGAACGGUCAAAUGAUCUUGGAUUGACAGAGAAGCAAGAUGUUGCAAGAUGGAAUGUUACUUGUAAAUGUUAUACUUGUGAAUCCGGUCAGGUGCUUUCCAAGGGUACCAAAGAUGAGAAGAAGAUGGAGUUAGAAACCGAGGUGCUUCCUAUCAUCACCACAUCUCCAACUCCAGUUUUGGUGCUCACAGGUCAUGAAGAAAUCGACGGUCUCCUUGAAUCUGAGGCUGAUCAUCCCUCAUUUCUGGAACGGCCAAUUGAGUUUCAGCUGAAAGAGGACUAACAAUGCUGAUGGUUCUCUUGCUUGAAAAUGAAGAACACUGAUGCUCCUGGCAAAUCCAUUCAUGACUUCUUAUUCUUGUCUGUUUGCGUGUUAAUCAUGUCAGUUUCUUUGUUUAGAUGGAAUGUAGAACUAGAAGAAUUUUGGCCAAUCCAAUCUUUAAAAUAAUGUCAGGUUGUGUGUAAGUUGGAUUUUACAUAAAUAGCAAUCUCUCAGAUA